UCUGAAUCAAGAUUAAAUUAAAAUGGCAUGAAGGGACGGCAGCCAACCCACUCCAUGUGUACAGUGGCGUGCAGCGGUCGGGGACAUGGAUGUGUGGGGUGAAAUGUCAUUUUCUUUAUCAGUUGCUGCCCCGUUGGAGGAUGAUGAUGACAAGAUUGUCGGAGGGUAUGUGUGCAAAAAGAAUUCUGUGCCGUACCAGGUAUCUCUGAACAUCGGCUACCAUUUCUGUGGAGGAUCCCUGAUCACCAGCCAAUGGGUUGUUUCUGCAGCUCACUGCUACCAGUCCCGCAUUGAGGUGCGCCUUGGCGAACACGACAUCGCAGUCAACGAGGGCAAUGAGCAGUUCAUCAGCUCUCAGAAGAUCAUCAGAAACCCGAAUUACAGCAGCUCUACUCUGAAUAAUGACAUUAUGCUGAUCAAGCUGAGCAAACCUGCCACUCUGACCAGCUACGUGAAGACCGUGGCCCUGCCCAGCAGCUGUGCUCCUGCUGGCACCAUGUGCCUCAUCUCCGGCUGGGGAAACACCCUGAGCAGCGGCUCAAACUACCCCGAUACUCUGAGGUGCCUGGAUGCUCCCAUCCUUAGUGACACCAGCUGCAAAAAUGCCUAUCCUGGUCAAAUCACUACCAACAUGUUCUGUGCCGGCUACCUGGAGGGAGGCAAGGACUCCUGCCAGGGUGACUCCGGCGGGCCUGUGGUAUGCAACGGCCAGCUCCAGGGCAUAGUGUCUUGGGGAUAUGGCUGUGCUCAGAAGAACAAACCUGGUGUCUACACCAAAGUCUGCAACUACAACAGCUGGAUUCAAAAUACUAUUGCAUCCAACUAAACCAACCAUCUGCUUUCCUAGACUGACAGCAAAGAUAUGGAAAAGCUAACAAGUUACAUGGCAAAGAAUGCCAUGAUUUUAAUAGCAACCUCACUAUGGGAACAGUGUAGUUUUCACAAAUAAAGAGGUCUGUAGUUAUGCUGUA